AUGUCAGUUGUACCUUACAAUUCUAGCAACCAGAUCGUAUUUCACAAUCAGAAUGAAGGCAUCAUUGUCAUCCAUGACAAUCAGGAAAAUACGAUUCAAUUGUUUUCCGCAAAUAAUGAUGAUGACGAAACGAAUGCGUCUUCUUCGAAUCAAUCUUCGACAUCGAAUGCACACGAACGCUUUUCGCUGCAUUGCCCCAAUUGCGGAUAUGAUUGGACUUCUGGAUAUAAAGCAGGCAGCUUUAGUCAAGGUUUCACCAAUCCACCCCCUCGCCGCAACUCCGCUACAUCCGAAGUGACCAAUUUCAUAAAUGUGAGGUCUAUUAACCCAAGAGAGUUCAACCACAUCUUCAAAAGUUUGCCCCAAAGUUUUAUGAAUCAUGAGUACUUUAAGCUUUUAGAGCAGCUACCAACAUCGCUGGGAGCUUUCAUACCUCGUCCUUCAUCGCAGGAUCAUGCUCUUGAGGACGGGAUCGACGCUAUUCCUAGACUGACGGCUAGAAAAGAUAACCAAAACAAGACAAAUGCACUGUUUGUUAGCCGUCUGGACGUAUUCAAUCAGGGCUACUUCAAAAGAUUUUUCAAGAAAGUCCCACCGUUUGAAUUAGGUUCAGGUGCAAGAGCGAUCGUCUACAAAGUCGUGCACGUACUCAACGAUAUAGCUUUGGGAACCUAUGCCGUCAAAAGAAUUAGUGUUGGGGGAAACUUUGAGUUGUUGGACCAUGUACUCAAUGAAGUUUUGAUUUUGUAUGAACUCUCAGUGAAAGGUGCCAAUGAGAAUAACCUUAUUCGAUACAAUCAUGUCUGGAUUGAGAUGGGUGACAUCGAUGAUCUGCUGACAUUUAUAAUUGGCGGUAAAGAUGACGAACUGAGGCAGGUGCCAUACGUGUUCAUAUUGCAACAGUAUUGCGAUGGUGGCCACCUUGAAUCCAUGAUUCAGAAAAAUUAUCAAAAAGAGAACAAUUUGAGUUUCAAGGAGAAACUAUUACUUGAACGACAACGUCGCAGAAACGUGCGCCAGGGAAGAACCUCGAAUCAUAAGAAUCUAUGGCUCAAAGAGAUUGAAAUUUACAAAUUCUUCAGUGAUGUCAUAACUGGCGUCCACUAUUUACAUAUGCACGGUAUUCUUCAUCGUGACUUGAAACCGUCAAACUGCUUAUUGGAAACGAAAUAUGAACGCCCCAACAUCGGGGAUUUCCCAUACACUUUUGAAGAGUAUAGCAAUAUUGUGUCAACUCUACCUAAAAUUUUGGUCCUGGAUUUUGGCGAGGGUCAGUUUAUCGAUACUAUCAACAUUCCUGAGCCUAAUGAUCACAUAAAAACGGGUAUGCACACCCACGAGCGACUUGGGAAUACGGGAACUCUUGAAUUUACCGCACCAGAGUUGUGGCUUUAUGCAGACGACCCGGUGCAAGAUCAAAAACGUCGAUUCAUUAACUCAUUCUCUUACGAAAGUGACGCAUAUUCGUUGGGCUUAAUUUUGUGCUAUUUAUGUCUUGGUUGUUUACCAUAUACACACAUUUUAGGGGACAAUUCCACCGACCCGGAGAAGGUACGUGAAGCGAUAAUGAAGUGGUAUGAUUGUUUAAACGAAUCGAGUUUCAACGACUGGUUCUUCAAUGAGGUGGAAAAACUUCAGGGCUGUCACCCAAAUGCAUGUUACGUUGAUUUCGCUCACUUGAUCUACGCUAUGAUUAAGGGCAGCAACGGCAAGCGAGCGUCAAUUUCCGAGGUGAUAGACUUUUUGGGAGAGAUGAAGAAUGAGAGAUUCAUAUGUCUUGCGGAUACAAAAUAUGAUGAUGAGGACGAUAAGGACUAUGUUCUUAGUGAGGCUGAUUCUGAUACUGAUGCUGACAGUUUUACUUUGCAAAAAAGAGCAAAGAAAAGCAGCAUUAUAUCUCCUCAAAUGGUGUUUCUUGUUUUGCUAGGUUCACUAGAAUGGUUAACCCCGCUAAAGCUUCCGAAGCUUGUUGUCAUGGCUGGUAUGGCCUAUAACUAUUAUAGUUCCGAACGUUGGGCAUGGCAUGAAGUUGGCAUCGUGCUUUUAUUGGGAGGAAUCACCUUAUGGGCUAAGUUAUUUUAA